UAAGAGCCAGACAGCUCUGUCAUCACUGUCAGGGAGGUGGUUCCAACUCUGCAGAUUGGUCGAGGAAGCCCUGAGUUGUGGCAAGGCCGGUAUAAAAGCUGAGCCUCUGCCAGUCUCUCCCAAGCACCACUCGGGUCCCCUUCUCCUCAGAGAACAGGAGCACCAUCCCAUUGCAAACCAAGAUGUCUUGCUACGACGUGUGCCCACCAAGAACCAGCGUGGCCGUCCCCCAGCCCAUCGCUGAGAGCUGCAACGAGCUGUGUGCCCGCCAGUGUCCCGACUCUUCAGCCUUCAUCCAGCCACCGCCUGUGGUUGUCACCUUCCCCGGCCCCAUCCUCAGCUCCUUCCCCCAGCAAGCCGUGGUGGGCUCCUCCGGAGCACCUGCCUUUGGGGGCAACCUGGGGCUGGGAGGCCUCUACGGUGCUGGGGCCACUCAGGCCUCGGGGGGUCUCUGCACCUUUGGCAGACCCUACGCUCCUGCCGCCUGCAGCCCUUUGGCUCUGCCCCGCUACACCCAGAGCCUGCGGAACUCCUGUGGGUCCUGCUAGAGCCAGCCCCAAAUACCUUAGAGUUUUGGGACAUGUUACCCCUAGGCAUCCUCUCUUAUUUCCCCUACUUUUCUGCUGCUGAGAGAAGCCUGAAGGAACACCUUUUAUGGAACCCAGAAGAAAAAUCUCCCUGCUUCUGCGUUAUGUGACAGUUUUCCGUUCAAUAAAGCAAACCUGCAUCCAA